AUGAAUGAAAAUAUAAAUCAAUUAAAAAGUUUUUCGGACUCUGAUAUAUGCCGAAAUGAGGAGAAGGGCAACCUUCAUCUUGCCAGCCAAAAAACAGAAAUGGUAAAAAAAACUUCCCUGGAAAGGGAAAAAGGAAACGAAGGAGGACCUAAAAUCAUCCAUAAAACCCAAACUAUUACCGGAACCUUAACCUCCCGAAUCGAAACCCGACAGGAUUACCAUUAUGGAUUUUUCUCGGUUCCAAACCAGGAGCAAGAUAUCCCGACUUAUACGAUAAACGAGACCAAAGAAAAAGCAGCUCAUUCGGCCUCUAAUAUCUACCAAAAACUCCAUUGCCUUCAAAGCCAGACGGACCAAAUUAGCAAAAAGGAGUUAAACAAAUUCGGUAAUUACAAAUACUUUACUGAGCAGCAAGCUUUAAAACUCCUUAAACCUUUGCUAAAAGAGCAAAAACUAACUUUAACUUUUAGUGAUAUUUAUAACUAUACCCAACCUAACGGGGGAUUUAGUUCCCAAAAGCACGAAAAAGAAUGA